CGUUGACGCAAAGUAUUAGCAUAAAUUCAUACAUUGAACUUUGCAGUAAUGGGUAUGUCUAUAAGUGAACUGUCAACCAUAUCAUGAAGUCUGUAAAGUUAUCUAAAUAAACAUUUAAUAUUCAAACUUCCUGGUUGUCGUCUACAACGAUAAACACGACAUGCAUACACCUGUCUUUCUCAUACAUGUAGCAGUGGGAUUGAUUUCGUCAUAUGGAUACCAAAUCAUAUCUCGGAAAAAGGAGACCGAGCAGGCUAGUGAAAAAUCCGACUGCCAAGGAGUUGAAAUAUGUCACUUAUUCCAAUCCAGUAAUGCUGUAGAUGCAGAUAUUAACACGUGUACAAGGACAAAAGAAAUAGGGUUUACUUCUCCAGAUAAAUGGACAUGGUGGUAUGUUGACCUUGAGAAUAUACUCAGCAUCUACAGCAUCAGAAUACAGUUCAAAGACUAUGGAGAACGAUAUGUAAUGAGACAAACGGGACGUUUUGCUGGUUUCUCACUCUAUAUUUCAAAUACAACUAUAAAAGAGGAUGGGUAUCUAUGUUACAAGAACGGACCAGAGUUACCGACCUUGGAUUUCAGUACAACUUGUGUCAAACAUGGACGUUACGUUAUAUUUUACAAUGAAAGACUUGACGGAACAACUUAUCCUACCGGAUAUCAAAUAACUACAGUUUACACUGAAUUAUGUGAAGUAACUGUAACAGGUUGUAAAGAAUCCGGUGUGUAUGGAUAUAACUGUGAUGUACCUUGUCUAAACAACUGUCAGGAAUUGAGAUGUGACAUUGUCAACGGAACUUGUGUGGGUUGUACUGCAGGAUGGGUAGGAGAGUUUUGUAACAAAUACUGUCCAGCUGGAUAUUACGGUUUACAGUGUAGAUCUACGUGUACUGGACACUGCAGAGACAACCUGUCCUGUAAUCACACCACUGGACAAUGUGACUAUGGCUGUGGUAAAGAAUGGACAGGACUACAUUGCAACACACAGUGUCCUGGUUGUGUGCAUAACUGUAGUGGACAGUGUCUGAGUUACCGCCCCUGUAACAGAACCACUGGAAGAUGUGACGGAGGCUGUAAUCCAGGAUACACCGGAGAACUCUGUGACAAAGUUGGCCGGUACGGACUGAAUUGUUCAGAGAUCUGCAGUUCAAGGUGCCGAUCUGAAAGUAAUCAUUGUAACCAUAGAGACGGACAUUGUGAACAUGGAUGUGACGAUGGAUUCCAAGGAAGUACAUGUGAAGAAAGUUUUGUAAUUGAGCUAGUGGCCUGAUUUGAUGUAGUUUCUUGUUGGAUCACUUCACAGUGUUUAAUUAUAUAACGUAUUUGAAUUGUACUUUUAUGACUGAGACUCAGUGGAAAACAAACCUCAUAGACAAAAUAGAGUGGUUCGGGAAUUAAAAGAGAUUUUGAAAUUGAACCUUCUACAUAUGGUAUAUGGUUUAUUACGUCAACUGACUCGAUAGAGGACAACAUGUACUGGUUUUUUUAACAGUCUGGUUUGACGUCAGCGCUAUCACUCUUCUCUUGAUAAACUUUCAAAAACAAUUUUUAAUGUAUAUGAUUUAUCUCGUAAAAGACUGAUAGAUAAAAAUAAUACAAUGACAAAAAUAUUUCUGUCUAUUGUAGUAAGGUUUUUGAAGUUUUGAAAUAAUGAUUAUAAUUGUUCAUUGGUUGUUUGUUGAGUUUGCAAUGAUGGCUGGUAUGGAGAAAACUGCUCUGCACAGUGUAACGAGAACUGUGCCAACCAGUCAGGUGACCAUAUCACGGGUAGCUGUACAUGCGGAUGUAAACCGGGAUAGCAGACUUCCAACUGCCAAGAAAAGGCACCUAUUGACGAGUAUAGUACCCCGGAUGCAUACAUCGCAGCCUUGUCUAUCUCACUGGUUAUCAUCUUUAGCCUGGCCGUUGUCAUUGUUUUACUAUUGAGGGUAAUCUAUAACAGAAAACAAGAGAAGCGUUCCUUGGACUAUAUAGCUAGUUCCGAAAUAUCACCGCCAUCACAAGUCAGCAAUAACGAUGUACACCAGUAUCAGGAACUCAACAUGCACAAUGAUAGUUCAUACCAGAACCUGUCAUUAAGACAUCAUUCAUAAAAUGUAUUUUAAACAAAACGUAUUCUUCUUGUUUUCAUGAUGAUGUUUUAUUGAUAUUUUUUCUUUCCUUUUACAUUGUGAUAAGCAUAUAUUGAAGGAUUCAUGCAUGUCAUAGCUACAUUUGUAUUUGUGUAUUUACUACCUACUUUACGAACAAAUAAUAUAAAAAGUGAAAACAACGAACACUGAUCAAUCUCAUAACUCCUGUAAGGAAUACAAGAGUUGGGCAAACAUAGACCACGGGACAUACCAGAGGUGGGAUUAGAACCCUAGGAAGAGUACGCAUUCCCUGUGGACUGGUCAUACCUGCCGUGAACUUUAUAUCUUGAUCAGGUAAAUGGAGUUAUCUGUAGUCAAAAUCAGUGUGCCAAGAACGACCUAACAGUCAGUAUGAAACACGUUAGGCAGGUAUGAAACAUCAAUUGGAAUUCAUGAUUGAACAUAUCUUCGUAGUUUUUGGUGAUCAGGUUUUCCAACAACAAACAUCAAUUCAUCUUUCUUAUAAAUACUGUCGAAAAUUAUGCCAGACAAUGGGCCAAAUAUGAAAAAAGAAAAACUUGAUACCUUGUCAGAAUGGAUAACAAGUGUAAGAGGAAUAUGAAACCCGCAUAUUCGACAUAUCAAAACGAAAGUGCGUACCUUUGUGUAAAGUAAAUCAGAAAUGAUAAAAGAAUUGAAUAAGCUGCAUGAGGAAUAUGUUUUGGUUCCAGCUCACAAAGCUUGUAACAACGCUAUUUUUGUUUGUAAUGCUCAUUAUUACAACUGUAUUCUAAACGAACUUGGUAUUCAUUCCACAUUUGUAAUUGUUCAAAACCACACUUCAGUGUUUUAAUAUACCAAUCAAUGGGACGAAUGAGUUACCGUACCUAUAAUGGAUUCCCAAACUUAGCAAAAUCCUUAGAAAAAUAGAUACAUUGCUGGAUACAGUAAAUACUCUACUAAGUCCCUAUCUUGGGUCCUCAUGAAAAUAUAAACUGCUGUGAAAGAGAAACUCCAAACGGACUGUGCCACGGCAUAUGCCAGAAGUGGUGUAAAUCAAAUGUGGAUUGGAAGUAUUAUUAAAUUUGAAAUUAAAACUUUCCUGAAAUCAACAACAUCAAAACGUGCGACUUUUUCAUACUUUUCACGACCAUUCCACGAGAAAUGAAAUACUACAUUUUUGACAUCAUAGGAGGGUGUUUCAUCAAUAAAAAUACAAAAAGGAAAUAUUCAUAUUUCAUUAUACUUUCAUGUAAAAUACUCGUAUCUGAUUGAUCUUUAAGCAUAUGGAGAAAGGAAAACCCUUAUUGAAUCAUUGUUACCCUCUGCAAAUUGAAAGUACGCGUUCGAGGGAGAUAGUAUCUAGUAACGGUUAACAGCACUUGCUAACGGGUGAUAUAAAAUUAUCACAUACAUCAUAUUUAUGCGUGUAUGGUUCACAGUAGAUUGUUAGACAAUGUUUGUAAAAAUAACGUGAAUACCUGCAUUGAUAUACAAAACAUCACAUGACAGCGAUUGGUAAAAUGUCAACCUUUCACGUAAGUCGUUCGGUUUUGUUGUUUAUUUAACAUUUAGCAUGAUAAAUCAAAUAUUACAUGUAGUUGAGGGUACUUUUAGAAAUUCCACCCCCUUGCAAAAUCAUUAUACACCUCGGCUACUCCUCGGUUGACAUUGGUUUUCUCGGAGUGAAUAUUUUCAACGUUACUCUCAAAUACGUGCACUUUUGAUGUACU